UGAAAAAAGCGAUCAGCUGUUCUGCGGUGGAUGCAACUUUGGGACAGACUGCGUUUACUUGCUUGGGUUUGACUGCAGGCAUGGCAACAGCUCAGUCAGUGUUAACAGUGGCUGUGUGCAUUCUGCUCAUCACAGAGCUGAUUCUAGCUGAGAAAGAUUACUAUGAGAUCCUGGGUGUCCCCAAAGAUGCAUCUGACCGGCAGAUCAAAAAAGCCUUCCACAAACUAGCCAUGAUGUUCCACCCCGAUAAAAACAAAAGCCCUGACGCAGAAGCAAAGUUCAGGGAGAUUGCAGAGGCAUAUGAAACAUUAUCUGAUGACCAGCGGAGACAGGAGUACGAUCAGAUGGGGAGCAGUCCUUUCUCUAGAAAGGGCACGAGAGGAGGUGGUGACCACUUCCAUCAACAUUUCAACUUUGACGAUUUAUUCACAGACUUUGACAUCUUUGGGCACAACCCUCACUCCCACAGUGAAAGACAUUUUGAGAAUCACUUUCAGGCUCACAAAGAAGCCCAAGGCAGACACAGGAGGCACCACAAUUUCGGUGGUGGUAUGUUUGACGAUAUGUUUGAAGACAUGGAGAGGAUGUUUUCUUUUGAUGGACAACAAACUCGGACUCAGAGCAGGUUUCAUGGUUCUGCCAGGCAGCAUUGUAGGACUGUCACACAGCGAAGGGGCAACAUGGUCACUACAUAUACCGACUGCUCCUGAACCCUCCACACGUGGAAAUGUUGUGUUGGCUGAAAUUUGAAUGAAUGCUGUUUUGCUUUGUUUUGAAUCAGUGGUGAUGUCCUCUGGAAAGACUUCUAAGUGAAUAGUACAUUGCUGAGGAAAUCGUCCUCAGUGUAGGGAACCUAAACCUAACUUAAAGGGAUAGUUCACCCAAAAAUGUAAAGUUUUUACUCACCCUCAGGCUACCUCAGAUGUGUAUGACUUUCUUCAGCAGAACACAAAGGAAGAUUUUUAGAAGAACAUCUUCACUCUGUAAGUGAAUGGUGAUCAAAUAUUUGAAGCUCAAAAAGCACAUAAAGGCAGCAUAAAAGUAAUCAAUUUGACUCCAGUGGUUUAAUCAAUAUCUUCUGAAGUGAUCCAAUCCGUUUUGGGUGAGAAGAGACCAAAAUAUAAUUCCUUUUUACAUUGUACAUCUUACCAUUGCAAGUAAGAUGUCUCUAGUCAUGAUCAUGUUUUCAAGCUUGAUUAUACAUCCUGGUACUUGAUGCUUGCACAGUGUGCUAGAUGGUGCUAGGAAGUUAAAUCAAGCUUGAAAUCAUGAUCGAAUGAGGCUGCUGAUGUAAAGAUUUUUAAUGUAAAUAGGAGUUAUAUGUUUGUCUGUUCUCACCCAAAACUGUUUGGAUCGCUUUAGAAGACAACCACUGGAGUCGUAUGAAUAAUUUUAUGCUACCUUUUAUGUGCUUUUGGGAGCUUCAAAGUUUUGGAUCCUGAUGACUUGAAUUGACAGAGCUGAAAUAUUCUUCUAAAAAGGGGUGUGUGUGUGCGCGCACGCGCAAAAGAAAGUUAUACACAUCUGGGUUGGCCUGAGGGUGAGUAAAUGAUGAGAGAAUUCCAUCCAUCUACAACUUUUUGUAAAAAUACAAAAAAAACCCAGCAAUGACACUUUACAACAAUUUACUGUGAACAGAAUAACCUGAGGUUGAAAUGGCACUUUAAUCUGGUUGUCAAUUAUUUAUAAACUCCUAUUAAGCUGUCUUUGUCAAGAUUUAGGGUGCUCCGCUUAAUUAAAAACGUAAUUUGUUUUCGGGGGGGAAAAGUGUUUCACGUUUGUUUACAUCUGAGGCCUUAAAAUGUGUUAUUGCAUUAAUCAAGAAGUGCCAUUGCACUUGAGCCUGUCUGAGGCGUUUACAUGCUCUCAUUCAAACAUUCAAAGUGUCUUAAAAUUCAAGAAAGUGAAGUUCCCCUAUGAAUGUUUGUAUUAAUGUUUGGUUUGCCUGAGUUAUUGCUUGAUGUUGCACAAUGUUGAAAAAGAUUGAAAGUCUUGUAAUGCUCUUUUUGUUGACUGUGCUGUCCUUAACAUGCAUGUGACACAAUUGUAUAUCUUCCAUCUCCGCUAAUAUGAGACCUGAGCUAGAUGUGGCUCUUAUGAUGGGAAAUCCCCUAUUUGCAUGAUUAAUUCCGAUCUCCUUGCUGUUUGGGAAUCCUGUUAGCUGUAGGGCUUUCCUGGAAUAAAAGGCAACAGUAUAGGAUCAAAUAAAAUUACAUACUGUAAACGGUUGGCUUUUUUCUUCUCUUGGCUCUGGUAUCAUUUCAAAUUUCCAUGUAGUUUUCUGUGAUGAUUUUUCUUUUUGUGGCAGAUAAAUUGCCUGGGGCACUUUAGUAAAUGACAUGCAAAAGCAAUGUUAAAUAAUUUUCAUCUAUAUGUAAAUUAUGGGGUGAACAAAAAUAACCUACACUUGCUGUAGUUCUGUGAUCAAGCUUGUAGUUAUUUUGGCUGUCUUAAGAUUUAAUUGUAAACUGGAGCUGGGCAUUUCUGCCAAUCAGUUUUCAAAUAUGUCAAAGAGAACAGUGUCAUUUUAUUUAUGUGCCUUUUAUUACAACAAUUACCUCAUGUCAAAGCUUUGUGAAUUACAUGAAAUAUCAGAACAAGCACCUUGUGUAGUUAAUGCCUCUUACUUUUCCUAAUUGCGAAACUUGUG